AUACGAAGUCGAAGUACUGCGGAACCGAGUCACUCGCAGAUCAAACCGAAACCAACCCAAAAUGCAAAACCGAAUAACCCCCAGCGGCCCAGCCUAGCCGAAUUGCCUGGUCCCCGGCAAGCCUGCCCAGAACAGUCAUCUUCUCAUGGGGAAAUAACCUCCAGAUUCUCAUCUUUACUUCUCUUCUACAGGUAGGGAAGUAGAUAUGGCGAUUAUUGAGGAAAGCUUCAGCGUAGAGUGUGAUGAUCGUAUCAGUCAAUUACCAGAUGAUGUUCUUUGUCUGAUUCUUUCGCUUUUGAGCUUCAGAGAGAGAGCGAGGAUGCGGUUAUUGUGUAGCAGGUGGAAAGUGUUAUCACAAUUUACAUUUGACCUUCGGCUUAAUCUUCUGUCCAUUUUUGGAAUUUAUAUCAACAGCUUCUCCUUCAAUGACAUGAAAGAAAUGCUCAGACACAAAUCUAAAUUUCUUACUGCGGUCACUCAAAUCUUGAAGUUAUAUACAGGACGAAAAUUAGAUACUUUUGAGGUUUCUUUUCCCCUGGAGGAUGAUUCCGCGUCCAAUGUUGAUCAGUGGAUAAGUUCUGCUCUGGAGCAUGGUGUCAACCGACUUAAAAUUGACUUUGGACCUCCCCCCAUGGGCACUGAAUCCUACUACACCUUCCCUUUUCAUCUUCUACCUGAUGGUAAAACAUCUCCAUUGAAGCAUCUAUCGCUUAAAUUCUGUGAGGUAUUCGUUGUUCCCGGUAAUGCAAUAAAGUUUAAUUCUCUAGUAACUCUGUACAUUGGUCACGCACGCAUAAAUCAAGUGUCUUUAGACAGCAUCCUUUCUGGUUGUGUGAACCUUGAGUUUCUGAGAAUCAAAAUGUGUAUAGUGCCUAAGAUUUGUUGCAUAACUGGAGCGUUAGGCCGUCUAAAACGGUUAAUUAUGGAAUAUUGUCUUCAUCGUGGACAUAUUGAGCUCAAUUCUCUACCGGAGCUGACUACAUUUGAAUACAUGGGUGGAGUAAAGAAGUUCACCCUCCGCAGUCUUCCAUCUCUUGAGAAAAUGUAUUUUCGCUUUGAAAAUCUUUCAUCAGAGGGCAUGCAUUCUGUUUUCAUCAAUAAACUUGCAGAAGAUGUCUCACAUCUACAAACUCUCUCAUUGUUCUUGGUUCCCUUCGAGGAACCACCCAUGCCUGCCAGCAUGACUCCGUUCAAAUAUCUGAAGAAUUUGGAGUUAUUUAUUGUGGUAUCACCAAAUUAUGAUCUUCUCACCAUUGUACACAUUCUUAAUGUUUCUCAUGUCCUGCAGAAGUUUCUUCUCUCUCUAUCUUGUUCUCUCUCUCCCUAUAUUUCUAAAGAUAACUUGACAAGUAACGCGAGUGGAAUAAUUGAUAAAAGAUGCAUCAAUUUUCACAUUAAAGAAGUGGAGAUAUGUGGGUUUUCUGACCGAUUUAACUGCAUGGAGCUGGCUAUUUAUUUACUUGAUAGAGCUGUUUCCCUAAAGAGGAUGCUUAUCAAUUUUCAAGGACGAGAGUAUCAUGGAGUUGACAGAUGGACAUAUAGCAAACUGUUUCCUAUGAACCUAACUCGAGAGGUGACGCGUGAUUUACUUCAAAAACACAAUGUUGAUUCCAAAGUAGAAGUCAUCGUUAAUUGAUUUUCAUUUAGAAGUGUGAGUUUCAUCAUCAUGUUAUGUAAAAGUUGUAAUUAUUUGAGUCCCGAAUAAUUGAUUUUUUUCGAGUCCUGUAGUCUUGUGAUGAGGAGGGUUGUGUAUGUUUGCUCGGAUAUGAUGUAAACUGGCUGUUGGAUAUUUGGGAUGUUUUAAAUGUGGUGGUGGAGUAAAUUUUAUAAUAAUUAAUUAGUUUUCUUAUUAA